UGUUUCACGAACCGAGGAUUUUCCUACAAAGGAUACUCUAUUUCGUCAUCCAGAUAUCACGGAGUGCAAGCUGAAUAUCAUAGAUCGAUAUCACAAAUGCGCAAUUUGGUCAGCUGCGCAUAAGGUUAAAUAUCACGUGCUGCUGACAACCCCGCACUUGCGAGCGAGCUCUAGGUAUGCACCUCAACAAGGCUCUACUAGUCUCUAUAUUAUCUAUAAAUCCAUCUCAAGUUAAUCUUUAAUGUGUGAUAUCCCCUGCUAUGUCUUCCUAUUCCUAUUCAUCGCUUCCGGAAAACGGCGAAAACAUUCGCCUGCUUCGACUGUUACCAAGUGAAGAUGAGGCUGCACCUUUACAUUGCGAGCUUCGAGAUUAUUCUCUACGAAGAUCAACUCCACGAACUCACUUGUAUGAGGCUCUAUCCUAUGUAUGGGGUGAUCCGCACAAUACUCUGCCUAUCUCUGUGAAUCAGAAACAAUUUCAGGUCACGAUGAACCUACACGCUGCUCUGUUACGUCUUCGUGAUCACUCUUUCGAACGGAUCCUAUGGGUGGAUGCUAUCUGCAUUGACCAGAAUAACAAUGAAGAGAGAAAACAGCAAGUUCAGCUUAUGGCAAGGAUUUAUAACAGUGCGAGUCGCGUUGUAGUUUGGCUUGGAGAGGAGAUAGAAGAAAUAAAGGGAGCACUUGAGGACAUACAAGUAGCUUCUAACGAAGAGUCUAGAAAGCACUCAAAGGAAGUGGUAAAGAAGCAACAUAUACUCAAACUUCUUCAAAAUCCAUGGUUCCAACGCAUCUGGGUGCUUCAGGAAGUUGCCGCGGCUCAACAUGUCGUAAUUAUGUGUGGAUCGAUAACCAUUGCUGGAUCUGCAUUCUGCAUGGGGGUGAAGUCCCUAGAGCUCUCCUACACAGAUUGUCCAGAACUGCAGACUCUUCCUUCAGUUGUUGACAUAAUAGAGCGAGCUGGUCUCCGACCUAAAUUGAAAGCAAAUUUGUCGGAAAGGUUCUCCCUAGAGAUACGAUCUUUAGCUGAGUUGAUAGAUAUGUUCCAUACCCGCCAAGCCACUGACCGUCGCGACAAGGUUUUUGCUUUACUUGGUAUGAGCUCUGACGAUCCUGAAAAGGCUGGCUUGCAGCCCAGUUACGAGACUUCCUGGGAAGAGAUAUUCCAGCAAGUUGUCAAAUUCAUCCUUGGUCCAUAUAUAUAUGUGAAGACUUUUAGACAGAGAGUGGUGAUCCAAAGCAAAGGCGUCAUCUUGGGCUGGGUAUCCUCGGUAGAGAGGGACGAUAGACAGCAUGUAACUAUCGACGGUAGACGCACGGUGCUGGGCUUAGAUUAUGCAUUAGAAUGGACAGUUCAGGCUUCGGCAAACCCCAUCCGAAAACGUGACAUCAUCUGCCUUCUAUAUGGAGCUUCGAAACCUUCGAUAAUCAGGCUGUGUAAGGAUCACUUUGCCGUGGUUGUGAUUGCGGCAACCCCUUUAAAUAUGUCAACUCGUUAUGAAUGGCCUCAAAUUUCACAGUCAACAAUAAAGUUCUUGCGGUAUUUUUCACUUGUCUGGAACUGGGAGAGUUCCUGUGGAAACUUGAAAGAUGAGGGGGAAUAUGAGACCUCAGUAAAGAUACAUGGUCAAACAUUAGUGUUUCCAAGUGCAGAUUCCAGAGGAUAUUUAAAUGAAGCAAUUAGAUUGUGGAAUGAUGUAGAGAUAAUGGAUGACUUGUAUGAAAAUUUAGAAGCAGAUGAGAGGCUUCUAAAAGCAAGAAGCAAUUAUAUGGCAGCAUUUAAAAAAGGCCCUCUGCUUUGCCCGAUUGGUCAAGGUGGUCGAACACUACUAUCAUUCGCUGCUCAUGAAGGGCACGACGAUACCAUCAAACUGCUACUUGAAAAACUUUAUCCAGACACAAAAGAUGGGAAAUAUUAUCGAACGCCGCUAUUCUGUGCUGCUCUGACUGGGAAUGAAGCUAUUGUCAAAGUACUACUCACGAAUUGCCAGGUUGAAGUUGACUCAGAGGAUUUCACUGGGCAAACACCGCUAUCGAGGGCUGCUGAGGCUGGGUAUGAAGCUAUUAUUAAACUACUACUCGCGACUGGCAGGGUUGAAGCUGGCUCAAAAAACAAUAACAACCGGACGGCGCUACAUUUUGCUGCUAGGAACGGACAUGAAGCUAUUGUGAAGGUACUACUCGCAACAGGUCAGGUUGAAGCUGACGCGAAGGACAUUCUCUAUCAAACAGCGUUAUCAAUGGCUGCUAGAAAGGGGCAUGCGGGUGUCGUGAAAUUACUCCUCGCAACUGGUCAAGUUGAAGCUGACUCGAAGGACCUUCGGAAUCAGACGCCGCUAUGGUAUGCUGCUAAGAAUGGGCACGCGGCUGUUGUGAAGCUACUACUUGCAACCGGCCAAGUUGAAGUUGAUUCCAGGAACAGAUUUGGUCGAACGCCGUUAUCACGGGCUGCUGAGAAUGGGCAUGAAGCUGUUGUAAAGCUACUGUCGUAGACCUACAAGCGCUCAUAGUAUAAUCUCAUAAUGACUCUUUAAAAGGAAUGAUCAUUCAAAGAAAUCCACCCUCUCUGAAGGUUGAGUGUUUUAAGUAGAGUGGGUGAGAGAGCCAAGGGGAGAGCUAGUAAGCCUAAGAUUAGUGCUAUUGUUAAA